AUGUUCCUCAUCGUACAAUGUCUCACUUAUCAUGCCAACUCAAAUUCACCCCUGAAACACGCUGAAACAACGGUUCGAGACUCUUGCGUUAACUCUUGUGCUCAGCCGCCACCACCGAAGAAGGUUUACUGCAGAAGGUCGUCAUCACCUCCACCUCCGGGAAAUUACAUGGACGUGACUGGUGUGCCAGGGGAACUGUACCGGACCGAGCCAGAUAAUCAAUGGGGAUACUAUUCUAGUGCAAACCGGAUUAAGGUUAAGUCUCUCCUGGUUAUUUUAAUUGUGGCAUGUUUGGUGUUGUUAUAA